UUGACAGCUUCAUUGGAUUCAACAUGGCAACUAAAGCGGUGAAAGGUGCAAAGCAAACCAAAGAAACCGAUAAAAAAGGAAAUAAGAAAAACGAUGAAUUACCUUUAGUGGAAGAAAAGAAAGAAGAUAGUCCCACUGAAGGAGAAUGUAAUGACACACCAGAAACUGUUGAAACAGAAACUGUCGAGGAGCCACCUCCACCAAAGGAGCCGACGCCUGAGCCAGAUUACGAUGAACCAACUUUAUCAGAGCUCAUCAUCGAAUGUUUUGAGGGUGAGAAAUCAAGAGGACUCUAUGAAGGGGAGGGCAAGGCUUCAUUUGCAGGCGGACACUGCUAUAUUGGCCAGUUUUCUGAAGGUUUGAUGCAUGGCAAAGGGAUGUAUGUCUGGGCAGAUGGUGUUGUCUAUGAGGGGGAAUUUUGCAAAAAUCAGGUGACAGGAAAGGGAGUAUACAAGUGGCCAGAUGAAAGCACAUAUGAAGGUGAAGUGUUGAAUGGAAAGCGACAUGGCGUUGGAGCGUUCCGAUGCCCUGACAAUUCUAUGUCCUACAGCGGAGACUGGUGUGAUGGGAAGCGUCAUGGCAAGGGCAGAAUGGAUUAUGACCCCAAUGGCCGUUCAUACUUUGAGGGUGACUGGGUGUACAACAUUCGACAUGGUUUGGGGACACGUCAGUACCCGUCGGGGAAUGUCUACCAGGGCAUGUGGUUCAACAAUGUCCGCCAUGGUGAAGGUACGAUGAAGUGGCUGGACAGGAACCAGAUCUACACCGGGCAGUGGGAGAACGGUAUACAGCAUGGUAUGGGUCAACACAACUGGCUGCUGCAACGUGUGCAGGGAUCGCAGUACCCGCUGCGCAACAUGUAUGAUGGAGAGUUUGUCAAUGGACUGAGGCAUGGUUUUGGUACCUUCUAUUACGCUAACGGAGCGAGGUACGAAGGCUACUGGAAGAACAACAUGAAACACGGCAAGGGCAAGUUUACAUUCAAGAAUGGCCGGAUCUAUGAAGGCAUGUUUGAGAAGGACCACAUUGUUGAGUACCCAGACUUCAAUGUAGAUGGCGUCACUACUCCAGACAUCACUGCCAUUCGGACCAGAACACCAUUACCAUCAGACAACGUGAGCAUGCACAGCAACGAGAGUCGCAACACCAUCAGCCCCAGCUUCCAGCUGGAGAUCAACCAUCUCCUGGCAGAGUUCACUGACAUAGACCGGGAGGAGGAGCUCAAUCAGGUGAUGUAUGUGACAAUGCGACAUGUGACCAGUCUGAGGAAGGUGUACAACUACUACAGUUGCCUUGGUUACGAGGAGAGCCCGGACAACACAUUCAUCAUGAACAAGAUGCAGUUCUGGCGCUUCCUCAAAGACUGUCAGCUGCACCAUGAAGAUGCCACACUCAUGGACAUGGACAGAGUGAUAGGCCUGGGCUACAGCAAACCCACAUAUUCCCUCCACAAUCCCUACGAACGCAUCCUGCAGAGAGAGUUUCUAAACUACCUCAUCAUCCUGGCGUUCCAUCUGUUCCAUGAAGAGCAUGAUGGUUCUUCUCCGGUCCUUGCCUGGUGUAUGUCUAAACUCAUUCAGGAAAAGGUUCUGCGUAAUUCCUGCAAUGUGAAAGGUAACAUUUACUAUGAGACCCGCAGAUCUGUGAAUGCCCUCGUACACAUGGACCAGGCUUACGAGGUUUACCAAUCAGUCUGCAAACACAGGGCGGCCAAGCCCAAAGAGCCAUCUCUGAAGAUGAGACAGUUCCUUUUCAUGAUACAGGACUUGAAGCUCAUCAACUCCGACCUGACACCCCAGGCUAUCCUGGAGGUCCUAGCCUUGGAUGACCCUAAAGUUGCUGAUGGAGAAGGCUGCUACAACCUGGAGCUGGAGAUGACCUUCCUGGAGUUUUUCGAGGCUCUGGUCGGAUGUGCCCAGGUGUAUGUGACAGAACAAGUGGUCAAAGAUCCCUCAACCCCACGCCCCAGCACUGUCAUGACACAGGAGCAGAGCAUGUACUCCGUCCCUGCCUCACCAUCCAGACUCACCAGUCAGGCUGGCAUGGAUGAUUCUGGGGACACCGUUGCUCAAGCUACCCCCCACCAAACCCCUCAUGGAGGAUCCAACACCCCAGCUGCCUCCCCGUCUCGGGCACAGUCCUCAGGGGCAGGGACAGCCAAGACAGGGGGAGAGGGAUCUUCAAAAGCCAUAGAUGCCCAGCAGUCCAGCAGUGUCAACCUGGGAUUGACCUCAGACCGAGGUCAUCAGGGCACCAGUCACAGUCACCAUGACAGCGCCAAAGGAGAUGUGACCCCUCUAGCUGACCAACAGAAGAGUGCAUCCUUCAUCAGUAACCAUACCAACGGCACAGAAGAGAAUGCAGCUCUCGUCCAGAGUUCUGUCUCCAUGGCAGCGCACACAGAACCAUCAGCAGAGCAUCCUGAAGGUGUAGGUGAUGAUCAUGCUGAUGGUGCUGCUGAGGACCACGAGGUGGAGGUGGAGGUGGAACUGGAUGAGGCAACUAGACUCUUCAACUUCUGGACACACCAGAUACACAUCUUCUUUGUUCGCAAGUUCUUCCCAGCAAGCGAAAAAUUAGCCAACCUCAAGCGUCUAGUUGAAAAGCGACAGUUGGACGAAUCCAAAAUGAGGCUGAUGACAAUUAAUGCAUCCCGGAUCCACCAGUCCGACACAGAAAAAUCCCAAGCCUAGAGUCCAGAUGUUGGUGCCAUCAAUAGAGAGACACAACAUAUGUUUACUGUUAUGUUAGACAGUAUGGAUUUCAGCUAAAAAAUUGUGGAAUUAUUAAUAAGAUAUAUCUGAUGGAGUUUUUUACCUGAAUUGAUUCUGAAUCAAUGAAGGAUUCAGAAAGAUGAACUUCAUACAGUAUGAUUAAUGAAAUUGAUGAAGAAUUUUUAUGAAAUGCUGUAUACAAAUGAAAUGAUACCGUCCAUUUGAUAUUUACUUCUUGUUAAGAAGGAACUGUGAUAUAUAUUAUAUAUGUGUGUAUUUGUUUUGUUUUUUGUAUAAACAUGCUGGAGUGUUUAUUUCUUGGAUUGCACAUAAUCGACUCAAUUUUAUGCAUGUCCAGUCCUUCUGCAGAUGAACUGAUUUAGACUUUCAAUGCAGAUCAAGAACAGACUUUGAGAUUCUCUAGUCCUAAAAACUGAGUAAUCGUAUCUUUGUCACAAUAGUUGAUUUAAAUAGGACGGGGCUAACAAUGUGUGACCUGGUUUUGAUAUUCAGGGGUCCCGAGCCUUGAGUCCCCUGUCCUAGUCACAUCAGCUAAUUCAUAUAGGACAGGGUGACAAUAUGUGACCUGGUUUGGAGACUCGGGUCCUAAGCCUUGAAUAAUGGUGUCUUAAAGAGAGAAAAAUGUUGAAACAGAAAAUAUUGACAGUUGUCCUGCAUAUAUGAUGAGUGAAGUAUCUCCAUGCAUAUUUUUGAGAAAUUGUAAUUCAAUGAAUAAAUCAGAUUGUGAU